AUGGGUGGAAAUGUAGCUACCACCCUGCGGUGGCAGGGUAUUUUGGGAGUUGGGGUGGUGUACGGGGCUCACCACCCCAGAUAUAUCAUUGGUGGUGGAGAUGCCCUAAGGAACAGGUCUUCACAUGUGACUACCAAUAUUUCCUUGAGUAGAUCAUUUAACAUUACAGCACCCAUCAAGCCAAGCUGGGUCUCCUUCAAAAGAGCCAAAGAAAUGGAUUUCAUCUUCACCUGUUCUCCGCCCUUCAACCCCAAGGCCUACUAUAAGUUUUGCUCAAGUAUCCUCAGUGUUAUUGAAAGGCCUAAUGAGCCUACUCAAUGGCAGCCAACACAAAAUAUUUGA